ACCUUGUGUGAUCAAUUACUCAACCCGAGUGAUCAGGACGGUUAGAGAUGCACAAGAAUUUGUUUCACGACUUUCACAUUAACAAUGCAGACUUGAACAAGAUAUGUUGCAAAAAAUCUCAUAUUUUUUCUAUGGAGCAACAUUUCUCCCCUUGUGCUCUACAGGAGAGCAGUUCUGCGUGGAGUCAACAUGCUGAAGAAAAUUCAUCAAAACCUUAUGAAGGCCAUAUUUGGAAUUUUGAAGAACUCUCUCAUAUCCAACAUCCCUAUUCAUCCUCUGCGGAUGCCAACUACCCUACGAAUGAAAAGAUAAACUCCUUGGACCAUGCGAGUGCUACUGAAAGAGACAAGAGAUGCAAGCUGCCAACUUCCUGCUUUCCAAGCAAGAAGUACCCCUGGAUGAGAGAGUCACACACACCUAUAAACUUCAGCUCCAUUAAAGUCAUUGAAUCAGGUGAUUCCAGGCACAGCAGUGGUGAAGCAGGCGUACGGGAGAGCAGCUGUUCUAACAGUAAACGGCCACGUGCAGCAUUCACCUCCGCUCAGCUGCUGGAGCUGGAGAAGGAGUUUCACUUCAGCGCUUACCUGUGCCGCUCACGGAGACUUGAGAUGGCAGCGCUGCUGAAGCUCACUGACCGCCAGAUUAAAAUCUGGUUCCAAAACCGUCGCAUGAAGUAUAAGAAAGACCAUAAGGAAAAGUCCUCUUACCCCUGCCUGGAAACAGGUAACCAGCCCUUUGCGAUUAGUUGCAGUGCGGUGGAUACUCCAAUGCCAUUAAAAUUCCAGUACCACUACGAGAGACCAUCAGUGAUGAACUGUGCUCAGAGCCACUAGUGAAACUACAGGAAAUCCAACAACUAGGGACUUCUGCUUUCAGCAUCCAGCACUAAAGAAUGACUCACAUAAUGACAGUGACCUCUGCCAACCCGUUUAAUAAGUGAAAUACAAAUACAAAUUCUACACAAAAUAUGCUGUUCUGUUGCUGAUCAGCUAUUUCCCCCAUUGUAGCUCUCUCUGGCAUGAUUUAUAUAUAAGAAAAUUGAAGAUUUAUUGCCCCUAGAUGAUGAUUUAUAUGAAAAGUUAACUUGGAAGAGUUCAAUAACCAAGUUCGCUUUGAACCAGAUUACAUGUUAUCAGCUUGUACAUGGUGUAUCAGAGUUAGUCUCCAUUGUGCAUAAACUGCUGUUGUAAUAUCUCUGCAAAGCGCCAAGAUUUAUUGCACACGGAUGUAAGCCCACUUGUACAAGUUUAUCUCUUGGGCACAGAAAAUACUAUUUUAAAAAGGGCAUUCAAGACUUUGAAUGGUCAUUAACAUCCGCUCAACUUUUGUAAGUGCGCAACAUAUUUUUAUUACUCCCAAAACGAUAUGCUAUUUUUCCCAAGGCAUGUGCUGAAUCUUUUAACUUGGAAUGUUGUUGAUAAUGGCCAUGUUAAAUGGCCAUGAGUUUGACUUUACCGUUUUUUUUUUUUCUGUUUUAUAGUACUGAAAGUACUGGUCAUUUAAAUCUGAAUUUAUGGUGUUUUGACUGACAAAUGAAUCUGUCACAAUGCUAAGUCAAUGCCAGAAUCCUUUAUUUGUUUUGUUUUUACCUAUUCAUGUAGUGUGAACAUGACAGAGCUGCAAUGUAAAAUGUGUAUAUUAUAUAUGUCUAGUUCUUAUCUCUUGGCCAUAUCGGACUAAAAGCAUGUGUUUGAAACUGAAAAGUGGUUGCUUCAAACUGAUUAAAUCCCUCUGUAUAGUUAAUAAAGGUGACUGAAUAGCA